AUGGGAUCGUUUUUAUCUUAUUCACCGCCUCCUAUGGUUGAAAAUUCACUACUAUUAUUUGCAAUUUCUGUUGCAGCUAUUUAUAUAUUUAUUCACGGAUUGACAUAUUUACAAGAUGUCCCGGAAUUGUACCUUCAAGAACAAAGUGUAAUUGAACCAACUAGAUUGAUCAAUGAAUCACCGGUGUAUCAUUCAAACAAAUUGUCUGGUUUACGUGUUGGAUUGGAUAUCAGAUAUGAUUCCUAUAAAUCAAGAAAUGGUAAUUUGAAUGAUAUCUGGGAGAUUUUGAUCAGAUUCUCAAAAGAGUUUGACAAAGGGAUAUUGGUUAACAAUGAGAAGAUAUCAGUGAGUUAUAUCAAUUACUGUAUUGACCAGAUUGAUAUGAGCAGGUACAAAACUAUUCUUAUUCCCAAAAACCAUCAAAUCAAUGCUAAAUGGGUCAUUACAGUAUUACUUGGGUUUGUCAAACAAUUAACUGUGGAAUUUUAUAUUGAUUUACCCAUUAAAACCACCGAUGCUAUUCAUAUUUCAGAUAUAAAGUUACCAAAGGAAGAACAAAAGAGAUAUUUUGAAUUCAAGAAUGUCUAUACCCCGGAUAAAGAUAAAGGAAUAGCGAUUAGAUUACACAAUCAUAUCUCACAUGGCAUUGAUUCUAUUGUUGAUUUUACCCAGUUGAAUAUUGUCAGUGCUGUUGCAUCAACCUUGAAGCAUUUGCCAAAUAGUGAUGAUUUCUAUGGGGCCAAAAUGACCAUUAUUUCAUGUACUGGCAGCAAUGAAGGUAUAAAUGACAUUAUUGUGAAAAUGCUUACUGGGUUUAUGUUGUAUUCUGAAAUCAUUAUCACUGAUAGAGUUUCUGCUAUUAAUGAUAAAGAUAGUGACGAUUCAUCAUCAUUGGCUAAUUUAAGUUCAAUUAUAUCCAUACCUGAAUCACAAUUAUUGAAAGUAUUUUCAGGAACUUCAGUUGAUUCAAAUUUGCAAUUAUUACAAAGAUAUUUAUUGACAAGAGGAGUUUUCCCAUUUAAGAAUAAUAAGUUGAUCUAUAUUUACAAUUCACUUAAUAUGCAAUCAACUUUGUCCUAUUAUGAAUUGAAUUCUUUGAGAAUGAGAUACAAGGCAAGAGUUGUUAAAGAGUUGAACUAUUAUAAUGUUAUGGGACCUAUUAUUUUAACUGAUUUCUAUGAUUAUCGCCAGUUUAAUAAAAUUACAUUCAAGAAGUUUGGAUGCAUUUUCCAGUCAUUAGAAAUCAAAUUGAAUAAUUUACUGAAAACCAACUGGGGUAACUUGAUGAUUCGUGGUUAUACCAUUGGGAAGACUAUUAAUGUCGUCAAUGGUAAUUUAGAUAAUGCUAUUUCUAAGGAUAACGAAGGAUUUAUGCCAAUCAAUAUUGUUAAAGGUAAAUGGGGAUCUGACGGAUGCUUGUAUAUACAGUAA